GGCGCCGCGGUCCUGCAGCGGUUGCCUAGCAACCAGGUAAACGAAGAGAUGGAGGAGGAGGUGGCCUCAGAAAAGGAAGACCCUGCAAGAGAGAGCCCUGAGGUUGUGGUACCUGGAGAGGAGUUAAACCAACAGGAACUUGCAAAUGGAGGAAAGUCAGGCACUUCCAAAGAUGCUGAAGCAGAGUUGGUCUCAGAGAAGGUGCCUGAACCCUCAACAGAAGAGGAAAGCAAAAGUAGUCCUCCAAAAGAACUACCAAUUGAAGGAGGGAUACCACCAGCAGAAGGAGAGGAAGAAGGUAUAGAAAAGUCUGUGGAAAAUAGUGAAUCUGAUAGUAGCAGUAUUAUGCAGGAAGAUGUGGAGGAGCCUGAAGAUACUGAAAAACAUCCAGAACGAAAACAUAAACCUGAGAAGCUGGAAAAGAAAAUCUCUGAAACCUUCUUCUAUAACUCUGAAGAUUUGUGUUCACGACCAUUUGUGACUUCAGACUCUGGGAUACCCAGUAACCUUCUUGUUCUCAUACACUCUUUUGGUUAUGACUGCACCAGACGGGCAAACUUGCAGGUGUUGGAUAGUCAGAUACUGCUCUACAUAGCUGGCAAUCAGCUUGUACUCCUAGACAUGAAAGCUAAAUAUCAGAGUUACCUCCGGAGCAGCAGUGGUGGAGGGAUUGGUGUGAUCACGGUACACCCUAGUAAGCAGUAUUUUGCAGUAGGAGAAAAAGGAAGGAAACCAAACAUCAUCAUCUAUGAAUAUCCUUCAUUAAGGCCCUAUAGAAUAUUGCGAGGUGGGACAGAGGAAGCCUACACAUUUGCUGAUUUCAACCAUUCUGGCAGCUUACUAGCCAGUGUUGGUAGCAGCCCUGACUACAUGUUGACAGUUUGGGACUGGAAACAGGAAAAGAUUGUGUUGAGGUCCAAAGCUUUUUCACAGGAUGUUUAUAAGGUCACAUUCUCACUUGAAAACGAAGAGCAACUAACUACUUCUGGAACAGGACACAUCAAGUUCUGGAAGAUGGCCCACACCUUCACUGGCCUCAAGCUACAGGGGGCAUUGGGCAGAUUUGGUAAGACAGCAGUGACUGACAUCGUAGGGUAUGUGGAACUGCCUGAUGGGAAGGUGAUCUCUGGGUCAGAGUGGGGCAACUUACUCCUUUGGGAAGGGGGCCUCAUCAAAGUAGAGCUCUGUCGAACUGGACAUAGACCUUGUCACAGUGGCCCCGUUAAUCAGCUGGUUCUGGAUGAGGGUGAACUGGUCACAGCUGGAGGAGAUGGAUAUGUCAGGGUAUGGGACUUUGAAACGAUAGACACAGCCGAUUCUGUAGAUGACACCGGACUACUAGAGAUGGAGCAUAUGAAUGAACUUCUAGUUGGCAAGAAUGUCAACCUGAGCUUCAUGAUGAAAAUCCAUGACCAUGGACAACCUGUUUGGUAUGCCCAGGAUUCCAAUGGAGCAAUCUGGAAGCUCGAUCUGACUUUUUCAAAUGUCACUCAUGAUCCAGAGUGCCUAUUUACUUUUCAUUCUGGGAAAAUAGAAGCAAUGGAUGUGUCUCCUGUCACAUACCUCAUGGCCACAACUGCUCUUGACCGCUCAGUGCGUAUCUAUGAUUUCAUCAGCAAUUGUCUCUUGACUGAGAUUAAAUUUAAACAGGGAGGAACAGCACUUACUUGGGCCCCUCGUGUGGUAAAUCCUAAAGGAGGUCUCAUUGCUGUUGGGUUCGAGGAUGGCGUUGUUCGCAUUAUUGAAAUCUAUGAUCCCCAAGGACUCACCAUCAUUGCAGGACGAAUGAACAUAAAGAAGGCAGAGAUGCGGCUGAAACAAGCUUUCAAGCCUCACACCACUGUAGUUACAGCCUUGGCCUAUGAACGAAAUGGGGAAGUAUUUGCCACAGGGAGUAAAGACAAAACAGUCUUCUUUUUCACUGUUGAAGACAAAUAUGAGCCAAUUGGGUUCAUUGAUGUUCCUGGGCCUGUGCAGGCAUUACAGUGGUCUCCACCAUCUCAUGCACAGAGCAUGCUGCUUGUGCUCUGCGAGAACGGCUUUGCUCUCGAGGUCCUUGGUCCCAUGCUUGGGGAACAGGACACAGUAUCCACCUAUCAGAUCAAAGACCUGCCCAGACGGUAUUUUCACUUCUGCAGCAUUAAAUCCCGAAUCAAGAGAGAAGAGGAGACAGAGCGUAGAGAGAAAAAGAAACAGGAGAAGGAGAAGGCAAGGCUUGAGUGGAUAAAGAAACAAGAGGAGAUGGGAAAGGAGGUAGAAGAAGAACCAGAAGAAGAGCCUGAAAAAGAGGAGCCACUGCCACCCCUCUACACCCCAGACGAGCCCAGCCCCAUCCUCUGUGGGUUUUAUUCAGCACCAGGGAAAUUCUGGCUCUCCUUGGGCGGCUAUGACUCUGGGUUCCUUUACCAUUGUUCAUUCUCCUCAAAUGACCAACAGAAAGACCCUGAGAAUAGGCAAGAUGAACCCUUUGAAGUGGUUCCUAUGGAGUACACAGAUGAUAACCCCAUCCAAAGGAUCUCUUUCUGUAUCAGCAAGCUGUUGAUGUUCUGUGGGAUGAAGGAUGGAGCAGUGCGGGUUUACCCUCUCCAGGACAAAGAACUCUCGGUGGAUACCCUGGACAGAUACUGGUCCUUCAACAUACAUGACAAUGAUUAUGGCCAAAUCCAGGGGAUCUGUUCUAGUUAUGAUGACCGCUUUCUUGUUACCUGUGGAGCAGAUGGCAACAUCUUUACCUUUACUAUCUUGUCCCCAGAGGACAUUCAAAAAGAGCUAAGAGCCAAAGUUCCAUCUCCAAGAAGAGAACUGGAAAAGGAGAAAGCUGCCGAAGAUAUUGAGGAUCCCAAUGCCUACAGUAUUGAGAAUGCCAAGCAGAAAAAGGAAUAUGAUCAGAUAAUGAAGGCCGCAGAGGACAAAAAGAAUGACAAGAGGCAAAAGCUAGCUGCCCUCAAGCAGGAGUUUCUUCAUUUGCUUCAGAAGAAUAUGGAGCUGCCAAAACACAUGCAGCUACUCAGAGAGCAAUUUGAAAUGGACCACAGGAUCUGUGAGGAGAUGAAUAGGCAGACAGCACAACGCAUCCAGCAGGUGCAGAAAGAACUGGCUUGGGAACAGGAGAAGCAUCAGAUUGGAUUGCAGAAAUUGCAAAGUCGAUUUCGGGACAUGUUAGAAUUUGAUACUGUGGUUGUUCAUGCUAUGGGAAGUAAUCAUCAAAUCUCCACAUACAGGCUUCUGGCAAUUUCUGAGAAAUAUUACAAGGUUAAAAAACAAAGUCAGGCAGGGAAAAAGAGAGUAACCAAAUAUGAUUGGAAAGGAAAAGAAGUAGAACAAAGAAGAGAAACCCUCAAAGAGACAAUUCCAGUUGCUGGAGUUACUGAAGAGGAGAUGGAGGUUGAAAAGUUGAAGAAGAAGACACAGUCGCAAACUGCAGCAGCCCGUUUACUUGAAAACCAACUUGAGAAAAUCAGAAAAAUUGUUGAGAAAGCUGAUAAAGCCAAAGCUAAGAUCAUGCAGAGAAAGAACGAAUGGGAAGAACUAUUGAAGAGCAAACCCAGUGAUAAUUAUGAGAACCCCAGGGAUAUUCAGGAGAUCAAGAUGGCUCAGGAAAACAUGGGGGAUUUCAAACUGAAGACAGCCACUAACUAUAAGAUCCCUGAGCACAUGCGCAUGAAUGCAGAGAAGAAGAAGAUGCAGCUUGCCUCGCUAGAAGUGGUGAUCCAUGAGAAGAAAUUGAACAUGAACAAAUGGAUCAUCUCCCUGCGGGAUCUCAAGGUGGCCAUUAUUGAAGAGAUCAACUGUCUAGUGCAAGAACUGAAAUCCAUACAGUCUGCCCUGGACCCAUCUGAACAACUCCCUGUUCCCCCAAUACCUCAGUUACACCCAGAGGAGAUUCCAGAAAAAAAGUUCCAGUAUGACAAUGAAAUCCUCCAGAAGUUCAAACAGGAGCAGGACCAAAAAACUAGGCUUUCAGAGCAGGUGGGAGAGUCUUCCUCAUUUGGUCUCUUCCGUACAAGUUUUUUUCGUUCUCCUUCUCUAAAGGAAAUGGAUAUCUCUGCACGGGCUUCAAGUGUGAGAUCAAUGAGAACUGCAUCUUCAGUUGUUUCAGUGCAGCCAAGGGUUUUUGAGAUUGAAAAGGCAGAACCAACAGAGAUGGACCAGGAAGCUCUCAAGAAAGAAAGGAUCAAAAACAUUUACCUACAGGAGACCUUGAUCAAACGGAUCAAUGAGCUGGUGGUCACCUUUGAUGCUGAGCUCCGCCUCCUGAGGCAUCAGAAGCUGAAGUUGGACAUGCAGAUGAAGUGUGCUGACCUACGGCACAUCACGUGGUUUGAGGAGCUGCUUCUCCUCAAGAACUUUGAGAAACAUGAGGACAUUCUUCAGGAGCGUGUCAACAGCCUUAUCAGUGAGGAAGAGGGCAUGCAAUGGAAAUUAAACAACUACCUUGCACAGAUGGAAGAAAAAAAAAGUGAGAUUGCAAAACUUCAGGAACGUGAGAAAGCCCUCUAUGCCACCUUCCAAGCAUCCCUUGGAGAAAACAACAACUUUGCCAGCUUCCUUACUAAGGUCCUGAAAAAGAAGAUCAGGCGUGUUAAGAAGAAAGAAACAGAAGGAGAAGCAGAUGAAGAAGACGAAAGCGAGGAAGAAAGUGAUGACGAGUCCAGCUUUGAGAGUGAUGAAGAAGAUUCGGGAUCUGAAGACGAAGUCUUUGAUGACUCUGUUUGCCCAAAAAAUUGUGAUGAAGCGCUCUUUGAAAACACUCUUCAGCUCCGUGAGAAGCGAUUGGACAUUGAGGAGGCCUUAGGAGAAGAGAAGAAAGUUAUUGAAAACCUCAGAAAAGAAUAUGAUGCUUUGGCUAAAAAGGUGAAAGUGGUAGAAGCCAGCCUUGACACCGCCGAGGGAGCCCUGGAAGCCUAUCAGCGGGAGAAGCAGCAGAGAGUGAAUGAGCUGCAUGUAGUAGUGCCUCUGAAGCUACAUCAGGUGGAGUAUUUAGUAAAUGGGGAGUUACCUAGUGACUUCUGCCAGGCUUUGGUAUUUACCAACCAGUCCCUAGAAUAUCUUCAGCAGAGGAUCAUGGUCCUGCAGCAAGAGAAGACAGAUCAGAGGGAACUCUACAAGAAGGCCCGGGAACAGCAUAAGCAACUCAUCCGGGACAGAAGGGAGAUGGAGAUACGGAUUGAACGGCUGCAAGAAAACUGUAAUCAGCUGAUGAUGACGAAGUUUGGCCGAGUGGUUAACUUGGAAGCACUGCAGACACUCUCCAUUAACACCAACCUGGAAGAGCUGAAGGUGAAAAUUAUGGAGAAAGAGCAGUUGCAAGCCCAGGAACUGAAAAUGUGGGAGGAAAAAAUCUUGGAGCAGCGGCAACGUCUGAUGAUGAAGAUGAAAGAAAACACCAGCAAGCUGCAGCAAAUGAACAGGUUCUGCCUUGAAAGACAGGGACUUGAAACCAAGCUGGACGCACUACAGAGCAAUCUGGGAGCAGAAUUUGAGGGGCCCCAGAAAGCUGAUCUCCAGGACAGAGAGAGGUUGAUCAUGUUGGUGCAGCUCCAGGCCCAAGAGGCAGAAGUCCUGAAGGAGGAAAUCACUCUCUUAAGGAGAAAAGAUGGGCGCAUCUUCCCACCACCUCUACCACCCCCCAGCACUGAUAUGCUGAAUUAAGUCUCCCUCUGGUGCUAGCCUUAUUCAUUCUCUGUGUCCCUGCCAGCCUGGAUGCUAGUGUAAGCCUGUGUGCAGUCAGCACCCAUCCCUCGCAACACAGUUGGUCAAAGCAGAACUCCAGGAUUCAGUCUCCAUCUGGGCUGCCUCAUUACCAGUCUUUGAUAGGGCAGUUUAAAUACAGAAGGUCCUGAGUCUUUCAGGUCCCAGCAUGCAAUGUUCUUCCUCCAGUCAAGCCAGCAAGAGCAUGAGGCAUGGGAUCCUGUGCUCUCCAAGGCUACAGUGAGGCAAGCUGCACCAAGGCUGCCAUAAGGUAAAUUAGGUGCAGUCCCUACACAUACAAUACAUGAAUCCUUGCAGCAGUGGCUCUUCCUGUAUUUCCAUGGCUUUUAUCACUAUGUUCAUGACAAUCAGGCCUGCUCUUGCAGGACUCAACAGAUAUAGGCACUGUUGGCAACCCAAGAAAUAUGCUGUAUUACCAGCCAUGACCACAUGCUGGUAUUGUGUCUAACUGCGCAUGGCUCCCAACUAUCUUACACUAGAGAAGAGCUCAGUCUCUUUUUCUUACCCUACUUUCUUUUCCCUUGCUGGCUGGCAUUCCCACGAAUUGGCAUGUCCCAUUAAUGCAUAAUUUGCUUUCUGUCACCUCUCACUCAGCGUCAUGGAACAGUUUCUACCUGCACAGUCUUGCAGAAGGACAUGGAGGAAGAAUGAGGAGAGGUGACCUGAGUUUUACACAUGGGAAAUCAGUGUUGAAGCUGGCAUCACAAUGUAGAUAAUAAACAUUUGGCAGCAGGCUGGACUCUGCA